AUGCAGAGUCACAUGAAGAUUCACAGUAGAAUCAAGCCUCAUCGCUGCAUUGUGUGUGAGAAAACAUUUACACGAUCAGGUAGCCUGCAGAAUCACAUGAGGGUUCACAGUGGAAUCAAGCCUCAUCGCUGCAUUGUGUGUGAGAAAACAUUUACACAAUCAGGUAACUUGCAGAAUCACAUGACGAUUCACACAGGAAUAAAACCACAUGAAUGUGCUGAAUGCGGGAAGAAAUUUUCACAGUCAGGUAACCUGCGGAAACACAUGAAGAUUCACGAAACACAUAAAGAUAGUGAAAUCAAGCCUUAUGAAUGUGUUGAAUGUGGGGGGAAAUUUACACGUUUAGGUGGCCUCCGCAAACACAUGAGAAAUCACGAAGGAAUCAAACCUCAUCAAUGCAUAUUGUGUGAGAAAACAUUUACACAAUCAGAUGACCUUAAGCAUCACAUGGAGAUUCACAGUGGAAUCAAGCCUCAUCAGUGCCUUAUGUGUGAGAAAACAUUUGCACAAUCAGUUCAUCUGCAGGCACACAUGAGGGUUCAUACAGGAAUCAAGCCUUAUGCAUGUCUUGAAUGUGGGAAUAAAUUUACAAACUUAUAUCAGCUGAAGGUACACAUGAAGAUUCACAGUGGAAUCAAGCCUCAUCAGUGCAUCGUGUGUGAGAAAAUAUUUGCACGGUCAAGUAAUCUGCAGCAACACAUGAGGAUUCACAGUGGAAUCAAGCCUCAUCAGUGCAUUGUGUGUGAGCAAACAUUUAGACAAUCAGCUUGCCUGCAGGAACACAUGAGGAUUCACAGUGGAAUCAAGUCAUAUGAUUGUGUUGAAUCUGGGGGAAAUUCACAGAACCACAUGAGGAGUCACAGUGGAAUCAAAUCUCACCAGUGCAUUGUGUGUGAGAAAACAUUUCCACAAUCAGGUAGCCUGCAGAAUCACAUGAAGAUUCCCAGUGGAAUCACAGGUCAGCUAAUCUUGGGAAAUAUGAGGAGAAAUAUUUUCACAAUCAGAUAA